AUGGAGGCGCGGCGGCCGCGCUACUGCGCCCCGUCCUCGCCGCCGGGCCGCGGCGGGAGGGAGAGCAAGGGGCUGCGUCGGAAGGGCCCGCCGGGGGCCGGUAGUGCUGGCGGCCCCGAGGAGGCGGCGGACGGCAGGAAACCCAAAUUCCAUUUAAAUAUCAAGACACUGACAGAUGAUGUGUUGGAUAGGUUUGCUAGUAUAAGAAUUCCAGGAAGUAAAAAGGAGAGACCUCCUCUGCCACACAUGAAACAAUCGUACUCUACCGAGUGGUCAUCAUCACCUACGGAUGUGGAGGAUUUUGUUCCCAAACCCCUGUCAGAAAGAGAAAUCAUAGCACUGUUUGAAAAAAUGAUGGAGGAUAUGAAUUUAAAUGAAGAUAAGAAGGCACCACUGAGAGAAAAGGAUUUUAAUACCAAAAAAGAAAUGGUGAUGCAAUAUAUUAGCACUGCUUCAAAGUCUGGAAGCCUCAAGAAAAGUAGGAAGAUUUCACCUCAAGAGUUUAUUCAGGAAUUAAAAUCUGGAUCAACGGAUGAAAGACUAGUUACUUGCUUAGAAUCUCUUCGUGUGUCCUUGACCAGUAAUCCUGUCAGCUGGGUUGAAAAUUUUGGCCGGGAAGGUCUGGGACUGUUGUUGGAUGUUUUGGAAAGACUGGUUGAGGCAAAACACCAGGACAAAACUGUGAAGAGGAGUCAGCAUAAAGUCAUACAGUGUUUGAGAGCCUUCAUGAAUAAUAAGUAUGGAUUGGAGAGAAUUUUGGGAGAAGAGAGAAGCCUUUUGUUGCUGACCAAAGCAAUUGAUCCCAGGCAAACAAACAUGAUGACAGACAUAGUUAAACUCCUUUCUGCAAUAUGCAUUGUUGGAGAGGAAAGCAUCCUUGAAAAAAUUUUGGAAGCUGUAACAGCAGCAGCAGAGGAAAGGAAUGUUGACAGAUUCUCCCCUAUUGUAGAAGGCCUUCAGGAUAACUCAGUUCAGCUGCAAGUAGCUUGUAUGCAGCUCAUCAAUGCUCUUGUUACAUCUCCUGAUGAUUUGGAUUUUAGGCUUCACAUCAGAAACGAAUUUAUGCGCAGUGGAUUGAAAGAGAUAUUGCCACAAUUGAAAUGUAUAAAGAAUGAAGCUCUGGAUAUUCAGCUGAAAGUGUUCAAUGAGCAUAAGGAAGAGGACAUGAUUGAGUUCUCUCAUCGUUUAGAAGAUAUUAGAUCUGAACUAGAUGAAGUAAAUGAUGUUUACAACAUGGUGUGGAAUACAGUUAAAGACACUAGUGCGGAAGGAUAUUUUCUUUCUAUUCUCCAACAUCUUUUGCUGAUAAGAAAUGAUUAUUUUGUACGUCCACAGUAUUUCAAAUUAAUUGAAGAGUGUGUGUCCCAGAUAGUGUUGCAUCGAAGUGGAACAGACCCAGAUUUCGCAUAUCGUAAAAGAUUAGAUAUAAAUUUCAGUCACUUAGUAGAUAUUUGUGUAGAUAAAGCAAGAUUAGAAGAAUGUGAAGAGAGGGCUUCAGAACUUUCCAGAAAAUUUGAAAAAGAUUUUAUAGUUCAUCAGGAGACUCAGGCCCUACUACAGAAAAAAGAAGAACGAAUCAGUGAACUUGAAGCAGAAUUACAGGCUUUUAAAUCACAGUAUGGCUCCUUGCCACCUGGAUUUCUAUCAUCAACACGUGGAGAUGCAUCCAUCACUGUACUGGAAGUUGCAGGACCACAUCAGUUGCCUCCACCUCCUCCACCACUGCCUUCUAAUGGAGCAAUCCCACCACCACCUCCUCCUCCUCCUCUUCCACCAUCUUUAAAUGGCUUGGGAAUUCCUCCAGCUUUUGGUGCUCCUACACCACCACCACCUCCACCAGGCCUGCCUGGAGCACAGUGGUCUCCACCUCCACAUGCUUUGCCAUUCGGCCUGAAGCCUAAAAAAGAAUUCAGGCCUGAGGUUACCAUGAAAAGACUAAACUGGUCCAAGAUCAGACCUCAGGAAAUGACAGAAUCCUGUUUUUGGGUUAAGGCAGAAGAGGACAAAUAUGAGAAUGCUGACGUGCUUUGCAAAUUGGAACUUACAUUUUGUUGUCAAAAGAAGGGAUGUGAUGUGAAUUCUCCUGACGAAGUAUCACUAAAAAAAGAAGAAGAAGAUUUUGAAGAAAAGAAAUCCAUUAAGAAACGAAUCAAAGAAUUGAAAGUUUUGGACCCAAAGAUUGCUCAGAAUCUGUCAAUUUUCCUUGGCUCUUUCCGAAUGCCUUAUGAGGAAAUCAAAACAAUGAUAUUGGAAGUAGAUGAAACAAAGCUGGCAGAGUCCAUGAUUCAGAAUUUAAUAAAAAAUCUUCCUGAACAAGAACAACUGAAUGCAUUGUCCAAGUUCAAGAGCGAGUAUAAUAAUUUGUCUGAGCCAGAGCAGUUUGGAGUUGUGAUGAGCAAUGUGAAGAGACUACGGCCACGGCUCAGUGCUAUUCUUUUUAAGCUUCAGUUCGAGGAGCAGGUGAACAACAUCAAACCUGACAUCAUGGCUGUCAGUGCUGCCUGUGAAGAGAUAAAGAAGAGUAAAAGCUUCAGCAAGCUGCUGGAACUAGUAUUGUUAAUGGGAAACUACAUGAAUGCAGGUUCUCGGAAUGCACAGACCUUUGGAUAUAACCUCAGCUCCCUGUGUAAACUGAAGGACACAAAGUCGGCAGAUCAAAAAACAACAUUGCUUCAUUUUCUUGUAGAAGUAUGUGAAGAAAAAUACCAGGAUGUCCUAAAUUUUGUUGAGGAUUUUCAGCAUUUAGAUAAAGCUAGUAAAGUCUCAGCAGAAAACCUGGAGAAGAGCCUGAAACACAUGGAAAGGCAACUCCAGCAGCUUGAGAAGGAUUUACAGACUUUUCCAGUUCCUGAAGAUAAGCACGAUAAGUUUGUGACAAAAAUGUCUAGCUUUGUUGUUCGUGCCAGAGAAGAUUUUCAGAAACUUUCCCGGAUGCAUGAGAACAUGGAAAAGUUGUAUCAGAACGUGAUGGGAUAUUAUGCUAUUGAUCUGAAGAAAGUUUCGGUGGAGGAGUUUCUAACUGACUUGAACAACUUCAGGACGAUGUUCAUGCAAGCUGUAAAGGAGAACAUGAGAAGAAGGGAAGCAGAAGAAAAACAGAGGCGUGCUAGAAUAGCUAAGGAGAAAGCAGAAAAAGAAAAACUAGAGAGGCAACAAAAGAAAAAACGCUUGUUAGAGAUGAAAACAGAAGGUGAGGAGACUGGAGUGAUGGAUAGUCUGUUGGAGGCCUUGCAAUCAGGCGCUGCUUUUCGAGACCGAAGGAAAAAGACACCAAGAUCUAAAGAUAUACCACAAAAUCUCAGUCCAACCACUCAGAGGCCUGUGCUGAAAGCCUGUAACCAUGAGAACCAGAAAGCACAACUAGAGAAGUCAUGUUCACAUCACAAUAUCAGUUUAAACUCAACAAAAAGCCCAGUCACCAAAGAGAUUUCUUACGACAUGGAAACAAAUUCUUCUACAGCAUGGAGCAAGGGUGCUGGGAGAAGAGAAGGCUGUAACGGAGAAGGCAACAAAGAAAAGAAAACAGAGCGUAUUGGGUCUCCUUCUAAGGGAGAAGCCAUUCCAGAAGUAGAAGCUCUCCUGGCAAGACUGCGAGCACUGUAGGCUAAUCAUAUAAAAGAUUAAAUCAAAAUAUGCUGUAAUAGCUUGCAUCUUGUAAAGAUACUCUAAUUUUCCAUU